AUGAAGAGACCAUAUGACGAAGAUGAGGGCGACUUCACCCAGCCCGAGCCUAAGAAGUACAAGUCGGAGAGAUCUAAGAAUAUGCCAUGCCCGUACCGUGACCGUGGCUGUCAGCGUAUGUAUACUUGUCAGCACGACGUUGAUCAGCACGUCCGAGAAGCUCACACCGGUGAGCGACCACAUCGUUGCUAUAUCUGUGAGGAAAAUGGCGCAUUGUCAGUACCGUCUUUUGCUAGGCCAGGCACUUUCUAUCGACACCUACGCCUGACGCACAAGGUUGCCGAUCCAGUCGAGCGUAAGGAACGAAAGCCUGUUGUGCGUAAAUUAGUCGGACCAGACGGCUUUGCGCAACCCACUGGCACGACUCAGGGGCACGUUCGGCCCGUGGGUGUCCAGCAGUAUCCAUAUGGAUUCCCUCAACAGGAUCAGGGGCAACGACAAGCCAUGGGGCAUCAGCAACAGAUACCCCCAGCGGUACCUCAGCAGUACCAACCGAACGACAUGCGGAACGAGCCACAAGGAUGGAAUGAGCCCUGCUUCGUGCGAGGCUGCGAGGUAGUGCUUCAAUCUCAAGAUGAGGCUGAUGCGCACUAUCAUGCUGCUCAUCCCGAAAUCGUUCAAGAUAUAGCCGCAGAGCUACGCGAACAGACUCAGCAGCAGCGGACACCUCUUUCGACUUCUCAGCCCUACCCGGCCAACGAGACACAGAAGCCAUCAAUCGCCUGGCCUCAGCCUUCCGAAUCUGACUGCAGUGCUCAACUGCAACCCCACCAAAGCGCUAUGGAGCACCUCCAGAUUGCUCACCCUGACGUGCGUGGGCAGCAUGAACCAGACGGACAACAGCAGCAGUUCGACAAUCCUUUACCAGCUACCACAAACAUUCAACGACCUGGCGAGGACCAGCAGGAAUCUGGAUUUCGACAGGACCAGAUCGCUAUGCUGCAAAAGUACCACGAGACCGCUUUGCAGAGGGAGUCGAACCAGUGGAUCCCCUUUCAAGCUCCAGGCCCGAUGACUGCUCCGAAUCAAGAGCCGUAUGUGCAGAUGGCCGAGCCGACGUUGGAGGACCAUGACGUUUUGCAAGCUCAAACGCACCUGGUAUCGAUUGCUGUCGAUUCGAUGGAGGCUCAACUGCGCGACUUUCUUCAAGAUUUUGAAAACAACUCGGACCAGCAGGAUACGUCUCUGCAGCCCGAGCAUAUCGAUUCUCCAACCGUGAACAACGGUGGUAGCUCUGACAUGGCAUCUGGGGAUACUGCAGGAGGUGUCAACCAGAACGACGAACCUGUCUGCGCUCCUAAUUCCUCACAAGGAAAUCUCACUCCACCAUCCCACGUCGCCGGCUUUGAACGAAACAACGAGCCAAUCUACAACCCCAUCCUGGUUCGCGGAGAUCUCACUCCUCCAUCGCAAGUCGCAGGAUUCGAUUUCGGCGACGGGACUGCAGAUCAGCAGAAUCUCUUCACCAUGAUGCCUGACGACGGAUUCAACAUGAACGGUAGUUAUGGUGAUAUGGGCGAGUUCUUGGCAAGCGAUUUUUGGUCUGGUACCAGUGGUGGUGAUGAUGUUGACGAAAAUUUGUUCUUCUGA